UUGGGAGCAGAGGGCAGUGGAAGUGCAAGGAGCUGUCUCUGUGGGAUCACACUGGGACCCUAUCCAGCCGCUCAGCAUACACUGUCUGUUUAUGGUGGCACCGGUGCAGCUGACCCUCCAGGCUGACAAUCGUUGAGAAAAGAUGAAAUACACCAGCACACGUGGGGGGCUCACUGGAGUGGAUUUUGAAAAGGUGCUGUUUGCCGGUUUUGCUCCAGAUGGUGGUCUGUUUAUGCCAGAAGAAAUCCCAAAACUGGACAAGAGAACCCUGCAAACAUGGAGCUCCUAUUCCUAUAUCCAGCUGGUGAAAGAAAUAUGUUCACUCUUUAUUCCUCCAGAGUCUAUACCAAGGGCAGAACUUGAAGGUCUGAUUGACAAAGCUUUCAGUCGCUUCAGGCACAGGGAUAUCGUUCCUAUUGCCAAGCUGAAAUCUGGGUUAAACGUCAUGGAGAUGUGGCACGGGGUGACUCAUGCCUUUAAAGACCUUGCCAUGUCCUGCGUGGGGGAGUUACUGGGUUACUUCUUAAAGAGAAGCAAUAAACAUAUCACCAUCUUGGUUGCCACCUCAGGGGAUACGGGCAGCUCAGCGAUUGAAAGUGUGAGAGGAAGAGAGAAUAUCGACAUUGUAGUUCUGCUGCCUCGCGGGCGCUGCACCAGGAUCCAGGAACUGCAGAUGACAACGGUGAUUGAGGACAAUGUCCAUGUAUUCGCAGUUGAUGGAACUUCGGACGAGCUGGAUUAUCCAAUCAAAAAGCUAUUUGCCGACAGCGACUUUGUGAAAACGCAUAACAUAAUAAGCACUAAUUCUGUGAACUGGGCGAGGAUCCUGGUGCAGAUUGCCCAUUUCUUCUAUGGCUACUUGCAGUGUGUCCCACCCACAGAACUGCAGUGUCCGACUCCAGUGGAAAUUGUCGUUCCCACGGGGGGAGCUGGAAACAUCACAGCGGGGUGCAUAGCGCAGGCAAUGGGCCUUCCAAUCCGACUCGUCGCUGUUGUGAACAGGAACGAUAUCAUUCAUCGCACUGUGCAGCACGGAGAUUUCUCAUUGGGCGACACCGCAGCCACUUUGGCCUCUGCCAUGGAUAUACAGGAGCCGUACAACAUGGAGAGAAUCCUAUGGCUGUUGGCGGGUUCUGAUAGAAGUCACAUUAAAGAACUGAUGGAAGAAUUUCAGGAGAAGAAGAGGGUGAAGAUACCAGAGCAACUUCACAAAAGGAUUGCAGGCGUGAUGACAUCCUGCCGGGUAACAGAUGACAAUAUACUCGGUACCAUUGGGCGCUGCUGGGAAGAAAACCAUUACCUCCUGUGCCCUCAUUCCGCAGUAGGUGUCUAUUAUCAUUACCAGCAUAUAGACGGCAAUCAGAAAAGCCCCAGGUGCUGCUUGGCCCCGGCAUCGGCAGCCAAAUUCCAGGACGUGAUUAUGAAAGCCAACCUCACCCCCGAUAUCCCCCAAGAGAUCAAAGCCUUAGAGGAGAAGCAGACGCGGUCUCGCCACUUGGCCAGAGAGGAUGAUUGGGAGGCGGAAUUGCGGCAAACCAUCGAGAGUAUCACCCAGCGCAGACACCUGCCCUAGUCUAACAGAAAUGUGCUCUCCCUCCGCUCAGUAUCAGUAUUCUUUAUUUAGUAUCAGUAUCUACUCUGCCCCCCCCCAGCCAUAAUGAGACUGUCUGUGCCAGACUUUACUAGUGACCCCAGCAACCAGGUUCUACUAGUGACCCCAGCAACCAGGUUCUACUAGUGACCCCAGCAACCAGGUUCUACUAGUGACCCCAGCAACCAGGUUCUACUAGUGACUCCAGCAACCAGGUUCUACUAGUGACCCCAGCAACCAGGUUCUACUAGGGACUCCAGCAACCAGGUUCUACUAGUGACUCCAGCAGCCAGGUUCUACUAGUGACCCCAGCAACCAGGUUCUACUAGUGACCCCAGCAACCAGGUUCUACUAGUGACCCCAGCAACCAGGUUCUACUAGUGACCCCAGCAACCAGGUUCUA